GACAAGUAGACUCCGCACUGAGCGUGGAGGAGCUCGACAUGCAGGGCUUGACCCCAGAACCCUGAGAUCACGACCUGAGCCGAAACCAAGAGUCAGGUGCUUAACCGACUGAGUCACCCAGGCGCCGCGCAGUAUGCAUUUUAGAAUUAGAUUUACCGUGCUGCCCCCAUCCCCAGCAAAUCUUUCAUAGACCCCACCCAGGUUCUUCUCUCCCUAUCCUUACUCUACCUUCUGCCACAUGUAGCACUUCCGACCUCAUAAUCCCUCAACUGCAGCCUCAGGCCCCGCCCCAGGGAUGUUGGUUAUUCACAACUGCCAAGAGCUCUCUCCUGUCUGCCCAGUCUGGGCCUCUGCAGCCUAUGAGAUCCACCGACCUCUCCAGACCCCCAACCCUAUGGGCCCACUUGCCCCCCUCCCAGGAUCUCUAGAACACUCUCCUUCUGAAUGACUCAUCAGGCCUCUAUCUGAAGAGUGAGGAGAUCUUGAGAGCAUGUUCAUUUUCAUCAAACAUGGAGAUGAUCAGCAGUUUCUGGUCAAUACCAAUUGCUCUGUCGUUCGGUUGCUGCAUUACACCCGCAGUAAAGUAGGGUUGCCUAAAACAGACACCAUCGAUUUGUGUGAUGAAUCAGGGACAAUGAAGUUGCUUUUCCUGACAAAGACCCCUGAAGACUAUGCCAGCAAAUUCCUUACUGCUCGAGACACCUACUACAUUUGUAAGGUGGAACGUGGAGCACCAGGAACCCGACUGGAGAAUGCCUACAAAGCUUUUGUGCCUCUCCUGAAGAAUCCAGAACCUGAGCUAAUUGAUGCCUUACGCACACAAUGUGACACCCUGGAGAGAAACCGAGUGAAAUUGCUUAGAAGCCAAGAAGUCAAGAAAGUUGUUACAAUUGAACCCUCCGUGAAUCUCCCACAGAAAUCAAAGGGAAGAUCAGAUGAAGAGAGGCCUACUCGCAAGCGUCUGACGUUUAAGACUAAAGUGGACAUUCUCGGUAGAAGGGAUAAACGUCGCUAACUAAAUAAAGUGACCAAGUGAGAGCAGUAAUACGAGGUAUGAAAUUACUGGAAUUCAACAGGAGGUCCCUUCUUCAAGAAAGACUCCUUCUCCCAAUAUCUGCACCAAGGCUUAAGUGUGCCCCAGGCACCAUGGAGGCUCGGAGGGUGGGUAGGAGUGGCAGGAGAGGGUUGGGGUGAGCACAUGGGUGGGGGUGAGGCAAGACUGUAAAGUCUGGUACAAUGAGCCUUUGAGGGACAGAGUAGGGGGUGGGGUCUACUCCAACCAGACUACCUCCUCUUGAGAGGCCUAUCACAGCCCGCCCACUACUGCUGGGGUUCGGUGACGGACUGGCAUCUUCCCUUCCCCAACUGUGAUCCACCAACUCCCCCUGCUGAAAUUCCCCCACCCCCCACCUCUCCACUUCUGAGUAGUCCCUCCCGCCAGUCCUCUGCCUUCCCUCCCUCCCUCCCCCUUAUCCGAGGGACUAAGCAAGGCAGCAGAAACCAGAGCUGGUUAUAGGCAUUUAUUGAAUUUAUUCAUUUAUUGAUUUGACACACUUCCCCACUCCAAUCUAGCACAUGAUACAAUCUGGGUAGGCCAGGCGCUGACACAGGAAAUGAUGGGAACCCACAGCAGGGGCGGGGGAGGGGACAAUGCAAAGGGGACUGGGGGAGGUGCUGCUUUGGGGGCUGGGGUGGAGAAGGAGCCCCAGAUGGCCACCCUGGCAGGUGCUAGUAAACCUGAUCCACAUUCCCCUCCAUCCCUGCUCAUUUCCCAGACCCUCGGCCAAGCUCCUCAGCUCCCCCUUCCCUGUUCCACCCCUCCCCCCUGCCUGCCACCACACACGCUUCCACAUAACCCCUGUAGUCAGGCAAGGGGAAGAAGGGCAGGGACAGCUGUCAGGGGCCUGGAACAGGGAGGUCUCUGUGCCUAACUUUACCACCCUAAAUCCUUCCCUCCUCUUCUCCCCCAUCCCCUCCCACCCCCUUCCAGGCCACAAACUAAUUCCAGGCCUUCGAUGCACUCUCCCACCAUAGUGCUAACCCCGCGGUGAGUCCUGGGAGAGUGUGGCUGCACCCCCAAUACCACACACUCCCAGACACAAGGUGAACAAGGGGGCCCGGCUUAGCCUUUUCCAGAGCGAAACUCUAAGCUAGGUCUGAGCAGACCUUGUUCAAGACAUCUUGACAGCAGAGCUUUUCCCUUGCUCAGUACUGUUCUCUGCUGUGGCUCUCCUGUCCCCUGCUCUCUGGCGGCCUGGAGCACUCUCUCCCCCACUUCCCAUGUUUCCCCAAGUAAUGUCUGUAGUGUUUGCAUCAUGUCACUAUGACAAAGCCUUCAGAAAGAAAAAAAAGCGUUCUCCCCAUCACUA